CAACUGCUAUUUUGAAAAUUAUCGAAAAUUCUAGACAGGAAGUGAAAUUUUUGCAAACUGCUGGCGUAACAUUGUAGUAACAAUCAUGGCUGCCCCUAGCAGUAGGCAAGUUCUCCGGCGCCUCUGUCAAUUCGGAGCGUUUAUUUUGACCCGAUUUGGUUUCUGGAACUGCUUUACCAUGCUGAUGCUCUUUGCCGAGCGCGCGGAUGUAAAAAGGAAACCUGACAUCCAGGUUCCCUACCUGUACUUUGACAUGGGGGCAUCAGUGCUUUGUGCCAGCUUCAUGUCCUUUGGGGUGAAGAGGAGGUGGUUUGCAAUGGGGGCUGCCAUACAGUUAGCUAUCAGCACCUACGCUUCUUAUAUUGGUGAACAAGUGCACUAUAGUGACUGGCUGAAGGUAAGGAUGUACUCCAGAGCCCUGGCUAUCAUCGGGGGUUUCCUGAUCCUAGCCAGUGGUGCGGGGGAGGUAUACAGACAGAAACAUCGCACCAGAUCGCUGCAGUCCACCGGACAGGUCUUUAUAGGGGUCUACCUAAUCUGUAUGGUGUACUCGCUCCAGCACAGUAAAGAGGACAGGAUGGCCUACCUGAACCACAUCCCUGGUGGGGAGAUCACCCUGAUGCUACUGGUGGUGCUGUUUGGGGUGCUGGCCCUGGCCUUUCUCUCUGGCUGUUAUAUCCGCCUAGCCUCACAGAUCCUGGCCGUGGUCCUGCCCCUCAUCCUGCUCUUCAUCGAUGGUAACCUGGGCUACUGGCACAACACCUGCCAUGUAGAGUUCUGGAACCAGUUGAAGCUGAUGGGACAUAACGUGGGUAUAUUUGGGGCUGUGCUGAUUCUGGCUACAGACGGCUGAAUGGAAUGGACACCUUGGCAGACUGAAGUCUAUCAGAAAAGAGGCCACUAUUUAACAUCGGACUGAAGCUACAAGUUUCAAAUGGCACACUAUUCCCUAUUUAUUACAUUACUUUUGACCGAAGCCCUGGCCAAAAGUAGUGCACUAUAUUGGGAAUAGGGUGCCACCUGGUCAAAAGUAGUGCACUAUAUUGAGAAUAAGGUGCCAUGUGAGACUUAUACACAGUCUCUCUGGAUCCUCAGACGAACUGAUCCUCACUUACAGCAGGAGAUAGAUGGUGAUUGGACACUAAUCCCUGCCUGACAGACAGCCAUGUGGGUAGACAUUAUCGUUAACUACCUGUCCAACUUUGCUUUUGCAAAAAAUACAGACAUGAGCUCCAUUUAGUUUUUAAAAAUACUGAACAAAAAUAAACACAACAUGCAACAAUUAACAAUUUUACAGUUCAUAUAAGGAAAUCAGUC